AUGAUAACAACAUGGUCACCAGUUCCUGGCAGUGAUGAACCAAACAUCGAUGAUUCAUUAUACGAUUUAUGUAGGAAAAAUGAAGUCGAAAAAAUUCGAAAAAUAAUACCAUUUAUUGGCAAUAAAAACAUUAUAAAUCAGAUUCAAACUUCGACUGGUUCAACAUGCUUGCAUGUGGCAUGUUAUUAUGGACAUCGAGAUGUGGUACAGAUUCUAUUAGACUAUGGCGCCCUACGUUCAAUACGAAAUUUAAGGCAUAAUUUAACACCCUACGAAGAAGCUCAUACAGAUAGUAUAAAACAAUUAUUUCUCGAACAACGAGAUCUAUUUUCCAACAAUGAUUAUGAUUAUAUUGAAUGGUCCCUAGUUGGGAACGAUCUUCUUGAUAAGAGACGUAGAUUCCGUCAAAUUAUCGAUGUGUAUAAAACCUACGACAAUCAUACGUUACUAUCAAAAUUAAUUGCUGAAUUUAUUCAUUACUAUUUAAAUGAUUACCUGUUGAAUCUCAGCAGUGACACUAGCAAUCCGGAAGAUAGAGUGACUUCUGAGCAGAUCAAAACUCUUGAAGGAUAUUUUAAAGGAGCUAUAGAAGAAAAAGAUUAUUUAACAUAUUUUAUCAAAGCGUAUACAUUAACCAGUGGUUUUCACAAGGUAUUAAACAGACACUUGGCUAUGUAUAUACUAGACUAUUUUGAUGAAUCGAAACUUUUCCUACCAACAUAUCGUCUUGUUAAUUGUCUUGCUCAUAUUGUUACACUUUUAAUUCAUCAUCCAGAUGUAUCUCGAUAUCAAUAUCGAGGUUUAUGUUAUCGUGGUAUGGUAGUAACACAAAAUGAUUUAGAUCAAUACAAGUUAAAUCAGCAUAUGUUAAAUCGUUCGUUUAUAUCCACAUCUCUCGAUCGUCGAGUAGCGGAAAUGUUUGCUGGUGAAGGACAACAGCCAAACAUGAGGUAUACUCCUAAGCGUCAUUGUGCAUUACAAUAUUCUUGUGUCUGUCGAUAUUUAAUCAAACAAAACGCAACAGCUAUUGACAUUCAAACAUUAUCUAUGAACUUAGAUGAAAAAGAAGUUUUGAUUCUUCCGUUUACCGUUUUUAAAGUAGUAGCAAUUAAACGAAAUGACUCCAAGAAUUCUACAGCACCCAUUUCAAUUGAGAUUGAAUUAGAAGAAUGUGAAGAUUCGAUUGAAAAAAGCAAACAACACAAGUGUUUUAGCAUCAACAGAUUAUUAUUAUCAGUUUUGCUUGUGAUUUUAAGUAUGAUACUACUUUUUUUGAUGCUUCUUGUCCGAAACUCUCCAACAAUAAGUAAAGGACCCACAACAACGCCUGCAUGGCAGAACACUAGUGAUGUCAGCACUAUCUUAUCAGCAGGAUCACAGCUAAUACUAUCACCAAACUCACGCUCAUCAUUAUCAAAUACCACACGAACAACGGCAAUAACAACUAAACUAGCAGCCACCACAACAGCAAUAACAACUAAAUCAGCAAUCACCACACUACCAGCAACAAGAACAACCACACCAUCAACAACGACGACACCAGCUACAAUAAACACACCACCAAUCACUACACUACCAGCAACAACAACAAGAACAACCACACUAUCAACAACAACGACACCAGCUACAACAACCACACCACCAAUCACCACACUAGCAACCACCACACCAGUAACAACUACAACUACAACUACAACUACAACUACAACUACAACAACCACACCAGCAACAACAUCAAUCGGUAAGUAG